GGAAGGGCAGCUUGCUGACUGAGCCAUGGCAACGCCUUGUGUGAUGUGCCUGGCACCAGCCACCAAACAGUGCAGUGGCUGUCGCUCCUUUUGGUAUUGUACCAGGGAGUGUCAACGGAAGCACUGGGUGAACCACAAGCAUGAGUGUGGUCAAGUGAAGAAUGCUCCAGAGCAUCCCGAGGACCUGGCGGAGCAGGAGCGACAGUUUCACGCCGUCACGGAGAUCGUGCGGAAGCAUCGCGAAACGGCCAAGAACAAGAAUGUUUGGGUGACUCGCUUUGGCGACAAAAUGUACGAGGAUUUGGACGAUGCCCGCGCGUUGCCUGGGAUCAAGGAGAAGCUAGACGACCACGAAACAGCUGGCAGAAAUGAGGCUGCUCUCAACAUGCUCUUCAGUGCAGCAGAGGGAGUUGGACGUGCCAAGACCCUUGCCUACUUCGAACAGAUGAAAUGCAAUGCCAAAGCAGAAGAGGAGACCAGCAGCCCGGCUCCUGCAGCCUGAGCCAGUGGCGAUUUCCCAUCUUCCGCGACUGGAGGAACCAAAAAAGACGUCCAGUUACCCUCUGGUUAUUUA